GAGUAAGUAUGUGACCAUAUUGUAGAUUUCAUCCCGGAAAUUUCUCUUAAACUAGCUUUUAGAAGGUGUCUAUCAUGUAGGUAGGCAAUGCUUGUGCGAAUUUGAAAGGAAUAUCGGAAUAAAAAGUGACUUAUUUAGAAUUAAUUGAACUUACGAUUUACCAGGCGACAUGGUGGCCGAACAUCAACCUAUCAUGUGUAGAAAAACAAGCAAGCAAGGUUCUAAAUCGAUGUCUUUGAGGGAGGGUUUUUGGGAAAAUGUUCACUGAUAAAAGCUUCGUCACCCUACCACUAAAUAGUACAUACAUUGAAGUUGGAUUGUACAUAUACGUCCCACAUCACAAAUGUUCGCGAUUAUAAGUAGAUAUCUAAUUAUGUACAUUUAUAAAUAACCAUUUACCAUUUGCUCGUUGUCCUAAUCGUCUAAAAUAUGAAAAUGCGUGUUAAGUGUAAUCCUGUUAUAUUUUUGUGUGCUGUUGCUUAUUUUGUGGCUGAAUUGGAUGCACAAAUCUGCCAACGUGUUCAACUUGUGACGAGGAUGGUGCAGGUUACGUACAAGACUUCGUACCGAAUCACCUAUCAUGGCCGCUGCUACUACGAUUGCAUUUUAACCAAGUGGGUCAGUUCUAUCGAACGCAAGAGUAUACCGAAAAGAGAACUGAAGCCCACAAACUUUUGUUGCACUGGCUACAUCAGGAAAGAUGACUCGGCUAAUGAUAGUGACAUUGUAUGCGAGCCAAUAUGUAUGCCAGCUUGCAGAAAUGGACGCUGCAAAACCCCAGGACAAUGCGAAUGUAAUCAUGGAUAUACCCAAGACCCUGAAGACGAUCACAAUUGCCUUCCAUCUUGUAGGAAAGGUUGCCAGAAUGGAACUUGCGUCGGCCCUGAAACGUGUCGAUGUAACUUCGGAUACACCCUCGUAAACGGCACAUGUCAGCCAGUUUGCACUGAUCCUUGUCACAAUGGUACCUGCGUUGCUCCAGAGAAGUGUGAGUGCCUCGUUGGCUACAGAAAAUCAGAGAAUAAUAUAUGCCAACCUUACUGUUCACACGGCUGCGACAAUGGAGCCUGUGUGGCUCCCGAAACCUGUCAAUGCCAUUCUGGAUGGGACUUAAAAGAGACCAAACACUUUCCAUACAAACAUUGCGUACCAAUCUGUUCAAAACCUUGCGGAAACGAAGUUUGUGUGGCCCCAGACACCUGUGGCUGUUUGCCUUCGUACAAAAAGUCAGAAGGUGGCUGUGAACCGAUUUGUUUCGGCGGAUGGGUUUCGAAAAAUGGUCGAUGUGUCGCUCAGUGCUCUCACCCGUGUGGCAACGGCACAUGUGUCGCUCCAAACGUGUGUGCUUGCCACAGUGGAUAUCAUAUGGAUAUUAAUUAUACUUUCUUGUACAGUUCCAAUCCGAAUGCAACAAUUUGCGUACCAACAUGUACUGGAUGUGCAGGACGCUGUGUUGCCCCUAACAAAUGUGAACUGGGACUAACAUCAGAAUCCCAAAUUUCGUUUGAUGAUUACUAUUACGAUUAUGAUCCUCCUAUAUUUCCACGUCAUGAAAAAACUACAACGUCUACUACAAGGCGUACUACAACGACAACUACCACAUCUACCGCAACACCUCAUCCGAUACCAACUACAACUACCACAACAAUGUCUACUCCCACACGUCAUCCAGUACCAACUACAACUUCUACAACAACUGCUACCAGUGCUAGUCCAUACUUUAACGAAACAAAAGGGGAAGAAUUGAAAAGUUCAUGGAUUGAAGAAAACUGGGUGCAGUUAUUCGUACCAAUAUUAUUAAUAAUCACGGCAGCCAUCAUUACCCUACUGCUACUAGUAUGGAGAUGCACACCCAUUAGAACUAUCUUCAAAGGAAGGAGUUAUGUUGUAGAAGGUGAUCCCGUGCAAACCGGUAAUCCAUCGCCGUUGGAAGACGUACAGAUUUCAGAUAUUAAAAUAUAAACAAAUAAAUACUUACUUACUGAAA